CUCCGAAGAGCCGUUGCAAGAAGCGUGUGAGAAUCAAGCUGAACAUUGUGCCUGUCGCGACGACUCUGUUCCCCUCAUCUCCUCCAUCCUCCGCCCAUCUUUCUGCUCCCUCCUAGCCCGCACUCCUUCCGAUACCCGAUCCCUUCCCUGCAUCACUGCGUUCACACUCCUUCAAGGAGACUCUGGCGUGCAAUCCACCUCACACCCUGUGCACGAUCGAACUUUGCGAAUCUUGCUCUUUCUGAUCGAUCUUCACCUCAAAGAUGCGCUGCGUCUCCUUCACCACUGCUUGCAUCGUACUGCUUGCAGCUUCGGCGUUCGCUGACGCUGGCGCUUCUACUUCAUACGAUCGGCGACACACUUCUAAUGAUGUUCGACAUGGUCAUCGCGGCGUGCUGAGGCGGCUGAAACGAGCCGCUGGCCUAGACCCCAGGGACAUUCUCGAGGCAGGCUCCGAGAACAGCUCCGCAUCAUUGGUCAAGCGCGGCUACUCUGGCAGAGCCACGUACUACGAAGCUGGCCUUGGUGCCUGUGGCAGAACAAACAGCGGCAGUGAUUUCAUCGUCGCCGUCAACCCAGCUCAAUGGGCAGGUGGCUCAAACUGCUUCAAGACCAUCACAAUCACCGUUGGCGGAAAGUCUAGGACAGCUCAGAUCACCGAUCUCUGUCCUGGCUGUCCCUCGGGCGCGCUAGAUCUCUCGCAAGGUCUGUUUACACAGUUCGCCGACACCUCGGCCGGUGUCUUUCAAAUGUCUUGGUCGUUUGGAGAUGGUGCACAGCCCACCACCACGAGUCGUACGAGCACGACACCCAAGUCCACGUCGACCAGGCCUUCUUCAACCACCUCUCAAAGCUCCACACGCACGACGAGCUCCUCCACAAGCAUCACCAGCACCACUUCCCAGAGCUCAAGCUCACAAACUUCCAGCUCGACGUCUUCGUCCGCAACUACAAGCAGUACGGCACCCGCUGCUGGUGACAGCGGUGUAUUCGACGGCUUGUCAAAGAUCAUGUCUGGCAUGCUCGGACUCGCAGGUGCUGGACAGUCGUUCGCAGACGGUGCUCCACCUGCGCCUGCUCCUGCGGCCAGUGUUUCAAAAGAUCCCAGCGCCGCCCAAGCAAGCUCGACCUGAGCUCCGCGUCUCGUUGCGCGGAGAGCUUGAUGCUCACCGAGGUUGCGACGAGCUGCCAGCUGCCGCACCACGCUUCACCCUCGCAGGAGCUUUUACCAAACAUCCCGGUCAAUCGAUCCCAGCCUCAUCACUAUCGUCAUCAUCCAGCGCUCUUGAACGGCAUCUAGUUAUGCUGGCCUUCAAUUCGCACUCCGUCACCAAUUUGUCUCUCCCGGAGUUGCAACAACUUGUUGCAGUGGCUUCACUCAGCACGGGUUCAUCCUCGAUCGCUGUGCUGAGGUCGCCGCACCGCACCACACAUUCCUUCCACUCGUGGCCCCGUUUUAUUCGGCUUCGUCUCUUUUUAUGUACUCAUUAGCAGAUCUCAUCCUUCCGACAAUCAAAUGUCUAUGGAUCGAGUCUUUCCACACUGGUCUUUCUUGUUUGACGUCAGAAGGAGGAAAGAUUC